CUCUACCGGUCAGUACAGUAUUCACAGUGAAAAAGAUCACUCCAGCGGGGAAGAAUGCCCGGAAACAGACACAUUCCUUCGACGAAGCUCUACAGCUGACGGGCUUCGGUCGCGCGCAGGUCCUGCUGGUGAUCCUUUCCGGUUGCUCCAUCAUGGCGUCGAUCAACGAAGCGAUGGGCAUGAGCAUCAUCCUGCCGGCCAGUCGCUGCGAUCUGGAUUUGGAUCCCGGCGAACAGGGCAUGAUCGGAGGUGCCAUUUCCCUAGGAAUUACGGCGUCGGCCUACUUCUGGGGCUACCAGGCGGAUACUCGCGGUCGGCUGAUCGUCAUCAAGUACGCCCUGAUGGCGGCAUCCGCUUGUUCGGUGGCGUCCAGCUUCGCCACCGACUUUACCUCGCUGAUGACGUUACGUUUCAUCACCGGAGUAUUUAUCUCGGCACCGUCGGCUGCCGUUUAUGCGUAUCUGGGUGAGUUCGGAACGGCGGAAAGGCGCACGCAGAUGAUAUCGUAUGCCAGCAUCAUGGCCUCGUUCGGUGUGGUGUACGUUGCUUUGAUGGGUUGGUGGAUGCUGUCGUACGACUGGAGCUUUGCUAUAACGGAUUCACUGGUGUAUAAACCCUGGAGACUGCUGUUUAUUCUUUUCACCUUUCCUGGAUUUUUGGCAGCAAUAGCAUACUGUUUCUGUCCCGAGAGUCCCAAGUUCCUGCUAACCCAGGGUCAUCCGAAAGAAGCUUUAGACGUAUUAAGGAAGUUAUAUAGUAUUAAUAAUAAGUCCAGAGGAUUCGACGGCUACGAAGUGACCUGCUUUUCGCCGGACAGCGAUUUAAAUCAAAACCAAUCGGGAGGAAGGAUACUCGACAUUCUUAAGUCAAUGCGGAACCAAACUGUUCCGUUGUUCAAACUUCCUCUGGUGUUAUACUUUUUGGUUUGUUGCAUGCACAGCAUCACUGAUUCUGCAAUUUACGGUGGACUCGGUCUUUGGUUCCCCCACAUUAUGAAUCAAAUCUCUUCCGACGACUCCGGAGAAGGAACGUUGAUAUGUUCCAUUUUGAAGGGGAAUCAAACAGCAAAUGUUACGCAACUGGCCUUCUGCAACGACAACGUAGAACAGGAGACAUUCAUUUACACGAUCAUUUUGGGGUGUUUCGGAGCUAGCUAUACUUUUGUGAUAUCACUAGCGCUAGCUCGAUUCAGUGGGAAAACCAUGCUGAUCUUUAAUGCACUUCUGGCCGGUACCGCUGGAAUUUUGCUUCAAUUUGUCGCCAACAGUUAUUUGAUGGCGAUUCUGUUUUGCGUCGAGAUUAUGUUCGCCGGAAUUUGCGUGAUGCUGGUGAAUGCUACGGCGGUAUCGUUAUUUCCGACCCAUGUCCGAGGGAUGGCCGUUUCACUGGUCAAAAUAGUCGGAAGGUUGAGCUGCUUCGCUGCCAGUUCGGUAAUAGGGCUUCUGAUGGCGCAGAAUUGCCCGCUUACGUUCUAUCUGCUGUCUGCGGUGUUAUUCUUGAGCUGCGGAUUGACGUUCCUGUUGAAAUAGAGUAGUUUUAUUGGUCUCCAUUGGACAUCGGUCUUAGCAGUGAUACUUAGAAUGUCAAGUGCACUCGAAUAUCUUUCUUAGAUAAUUUAUGAAAUUUUUUUAAUGUAAUGCACCCAACUUUGUAAUUCUUCGGGUUUUCGAGCAACACAACAUACUCGUGGACGGAAAAGUGAUGAUACUAUCUCUAUGGAGAGACAAACCUAACCAGUGGAUAAUCUCAACCAGUGUUACGAUAGGACCCCCGGGUGACAAAAGAAAACUUUUCGCGGAAUAAAUCUCCAAUAUGGUAUUGUAACUAUAGUAGAU